GCGAUAAGCGCGCUGUUCCUCGAGUGCGUUACUUUAAGGCUCUUAUGCAUGUGAUCAGCUUGAUUUCCAAAUAUGGAAUCUGUCGAUAUUCAUUGUUCCGCCUUAUGCAUAGCCAAAAAUCGGCACCUGUCACUUGCUACGUCUACAGAUGUUUCAACUCCAUUUCGUUUCGUAGUUAUUGCUGACCCACAGCUUGGUUUACAAGAGCAGUAUGUGGAAAAACGUCCCCGACCCCACCACUGGGAUGGGGAAGUAAAGCUUGUAAGUAGGGCAGUAAAUAUUAUAAAUCGUCUUUGUCCGAAGCCAGCUUUUGUUAUCAUUUGUGGGGAUCUUGUUAACGACCAACCAGGUGGUCCUGAUAGAUGUAGACAAACAUCUGAUUUGCUGGACGUGUUGUCUCAUAUCAACAGUGAUAUCCCUCUUAUUGUACUUCCAGGAAAUCAUGAUGUUGGGAACCUCCCUGAUGCAAAUGACGUGCAGGACUAUAGAAGCGUGUGGGGAGAUGAUUACUUUACUUUCAUAUUUAACCGAACAAGGUUUAUUGUACUUAAUACUCAAUACCUAGUGAAUGAUUCAAAGUGCCUAUCUUCGGCAAAUGAAUUCCGUCAAUGGUUCAAUGAACAACUCUCUAUAAAAAAUGAAAAUUUCGAUGUGUCGGUUGUAUUCCAGCACACUCCAUUUUUCUUAGAAGAUAUAAAUGAACCAGAUAAUUAUUUCAAUAUACCAAUAAAUUAUCGUAAAGAAUUUGUCAAUGAACUUUAUCAACAUAAAAUUUAUUAUGCGUUCGCUGGUCAUUUACAUAAAAACAAUAUAGCAACUUAUACUCCAUUAAUAAUUGAUAAAAAUAAUAAUCAUACUAAUAAAAACAAUAAUGAUAAAUCAUUUUCAAUGAUCACUUCAUCAUCUGUUUGUGUUCAAUUAGGUGAUGAUCAACCAGGAAUUCGUCUUGUUCAAAUUAAUAGUAAUAAUAUUGAAAAUGAAAACUUUUUAAAGCAUGUCUAUUGGACGUUGGAUAAAUUAGAGGAAAUCUUGAACUCUGGCAAACAACCAGAAAUUUAACGUUUCAUAGACAUUAGGUUAUUUUACAACCUUGUUUUCCUACAGUGUAUAACAUCAUAAUAUUUGUUGUUUUUUUCUUUUUGAAUGGGGGCAUCAUGUAGAAGAACUAAGUUUGUUUUUUAAAAAAAAUAAGAAAAUAUUUCUUGAAAAUAAUUUGUUUUUUAUUGCUUUCCCCCCAUCUUUUAGUCAUAUUUGCUAUGCCUGUGAUUGAAUUUUCUAUGGUUUGUUUUAAUUGCAUCAUUGUACUAAUCAUUUGAAUUGGUGAUUUUUUUUCCCUUUUUUUAGUGUACUAUUAAUUUCAAGGUUCCAAUUAUUUAUGUUUGAAAGUUGGUCUAUUCAACUGAUGUAUCAUUUUUUUCUAGACAUAAAUAUAUACAUUUUUCAAAAGUAAUUUGAAUAAUAGAGAUAGUUAUAUUUUAA